UUUAUUUUUAAAAUUUUAAAUGUUAAUACGUUCCUGCACAGUCAGAAUGAAGGCUCCUCCUCCUUUGCAGUAAUCCUAAGUUCACUUGUGCGAAUCUUUAUCGAGACUACAACUAAGCUAUGGACCCUAUAACAAAUCCUCCCAUACCUUAUUUAGGGCCAAUUGGAAAUGGGUUUUCUAGUGGUAAACUGAUAAGAGUACAAGGAAGUGCUGCACCCCAAGCUGAAAGGAUUGAUUUUAAUUUGGUUACAAAUGAAAAUAAAGAUGACAUUGGCCUACAUUUAUCUGUAAGGCUAUUAGAAGGAUAUGUAGCUAGAAAUUCUUAUGAAGGUGGUAUUUGGGGCGCGGAACAAGAUAAAGGAGACUUGCCCAUCCAACCUGGGGAAAAUUUCGAAAUUGUUAUAUUUGCUGAUAACUCCGAAUAUAAAAUUGCAAUUAAUGGAAGACAUUUUUGCGAAUUUCCUUACAGAAUCCCCAUAAAAAAUAUUUCUCAUCUAUCAAUUGAAGGACAGGUUUCUGUAUCUUUAAUUUCUUUUGAAGAAGUACCUCAACAUGCAAAAGUUCAAGCUUCAACCCAACAAGAUAUACCAAUGGCUCCUCAAAGUAAUAUUCCACCACAAGGUCCUGCAAAUUUUGGACCUCCAGGAUAUGAACCUCAAGGACCUCCUCUAGGACAAUAUGGGCCACCUCCAAAUCAAUAUGGUCCUCCACCAAAUCAAUAUGGUCCUCCUCCAAAUCAAUAUGGUCCUCCUCCAAAUCAAUUUGGCCCAGGACCUUAUGGAGCACCACCUCCUCCACCUGGACAUGAUCAAAAAGGUGAAUCAGGUUUAGAUUCUUUCUUGGGUUCAGCUCAAACUGUAAUUCAAGGAGCAAUAGCAAGUGGGAUGGCAGAAAAACUGUUAUCAUCAUUAACAAGUGGAGGAAACAAUCCUCAACAGCAAUCGCAACAACAACCCCAAAAUUACCAGCAGCAACCCCAACAACAACCUAAUAUCCCUUCAUCUCAUCAAAACCAAACCCAACAACCAACUCAAGCUGGCCCUGAUAUAAUGGGAAGUUUGGGUACAUUACUAAAUACUUUAACAACCCCCCCUCGAGCUCCUUUACAACAAAAUCAGCCAAACCAACAAUAUCAGCAACAACAACCACUGCAACAAUCUUCCCAAAACCAGCCUGAUGUGCUUGGCAGCUUAGGUUCCUUGCUUUCCACUUUGACUACAUCUCCUCAAACUCAACAGCAGCAGCAACAUCCAUCCCCACAACAACAAUAUCAACAACCUUAGCAACAACAACAACCAGAUACUUUAGGAGUUUUAGGUGGAUUGUUAUCUUCAUUUACUCAAGGACAAACUCAGGCGCAACCGCAACAACCAUUAAAUCCAAGUAAUAUUGGGGGACAAGGAUCUGUUGGAGGAUUGGGUAGUGUUGGAUCUUUGUUAACAUCAUUUGCUGGACAAGUUUUGCAACCACAACCAAGAAAGGAUGGGCAUUAAGUCAGGGUGAAGAGAUGAC